AUGCCCAAAAAUCGUCCACCGCCGGAAAUGAAAGCCGCAGGUCCCGAAUGGGAGCACUGGAAACACGUCAUCACGGGCCGCGAGCUGCAGCGGACAGUGGGGGGGCGCGACGAAGUCGGCACGGUGCUGGCGGAGUUCAAUGCCAUGGCUACCCUGACGCCGCCCGGCGACAACCAGAGCCGCUUCACGGUGGCCUGGCGGGACGCCGCCGGCCGCUGGCGGUACCCUGAUUACUACAACCUGCGGGAGGGGGACACGGCCAGCUGGGCGCAGCUGCGCGGCAUGAUGCGGGACGGGUUUGUGGACCACCCCAGGCUACCGCAUGAGAUACGGCAACUGGCGCUGCCGCUGCAGGAGAACGGCUGGCACCCGCUGCCAGAGCAGCAGCAGGACGAGCAGCGCGCGCGCGGAGAGGAGGCCCUGGCCGCCCUUGGAGGCGGCGGCUCCCUGCCCGGCAACCCCUUGAACAAGAAGCGGGAGGGCCGGGCCGACGGCGCGGCGGCCGCCGGCGGCCCGGCUGCGUCGACGCCGCCGGCGCCGGCGCAGUCUGCGCCAGAGGACGGCGGGGCGGCGCGCAGCGGCAGCAAGGGGACCGGCCAGGGCGCGGUGGCCGGAAAGAGGCGGGGCCGAGAGGCGGAGGAGGAGGAGGGGGAGGAGGAGGAGGAGGAGGAGGUUGUUGUGGUGGUGGAUGGUGAUGAUGAGGAGGGACCGCAGGGCCGGGUAGCUGCCGAGAAGGGGGAGGAGGACGAGGCUGCGGCGGCGGCGGUGGAGGGCGGAAAGCAGCAGCGGCGAGCGCCGGCAUUGGAGCAGCCGCCCGCGAAGCGGCGCCGCGGCCGUCCGCGCAAGCUCGUGCCCGUGGCGGGGGUCGCGGCGGCGGCCCCAAGCGAAGCGGCGGCGGCGCCGGCGGCGGCGCCCGGCAACAAGGAAGCAGCCAUGCCCAAGCGCAAGCCCGGGCGGCCGCGGCUGGCCGGAGGGGAGUUGGUAGUGGUGGCGGAUAGAGGGGAGGAGGGACAGCGGGGGCGGGAAGCGGGUAUAAAAGGGCAGCGAGAGGUGGAGGCGGAAGCGGAGGCGACGCAAGAGGAGGGAGAGCAGCAGCGGCGACCGCCAGCUUUGGAGCGCCCGCCCGCAAAGCGCGGCCGCGGCCGUCCACGCAAGCUCUCGCUCGCAGCAGACGCGGGGCCCGCGGCCGCCACCAACAGCGGGGCGGCGGCGGCGGCGGCCGGCAGCGGCGAGGCGGCCACGCCCAAGCGCAAGCCGGGGCGGCCGCGGCUUGACGGCGGGGCCGGCAAAGCGGGCGCGGGGCCGCCGAGUGCAGGCCGAGCGGAGCGCGCGGCCACGAGCGAGGGGGGUGGGGACUUGGGCGACGAAUUGGCCGCGCUGGCUGCGGCCUCAUUGAUCAAGGCGAAGGGCAAGGGGUCCAAGGCGGCAGCUGCGGCAGCCGAGGGCAAGGGCAAGGAGCGGAAGGGCGGGAAGCCGCUGGGCAGCUACCCGGGGCUCACGGGUGAGCGGGCGGGGCUGGGGCGGGGCUGGGGCGGGGACACACGGCGGCGCGGCUGA